GUAUCUCAAGAUGGCAUCCUCCUGUGCGUACGUCGUGUGGAGAAGGCAUGGCAUGUUUUUUAAAAGACUGAGCAUUUUGCAGGGGAAAUUAACCAAUUUUAGUCAGGAAUUUUGGUGACUCACAUUCUGCCAAUAAUAUCAAAGAUUUGAUCGGUCAUGAAGGAAAUGUCGGAAAGGAUGUGGAAGCAAAAUUCUCAUACGAAGGCCUACACGUUUGGCCCAACAUUCCGAGCAGAGAACUCAAGGACAAGACGUCAAUUGGCAGAAUUCUAUAUGGUUGAAGGAGAGCUUGCUUUUCUAACUCGUGAAAAGAUAUCACUAAGGUCAUGGAAGACUUUGUGAAAUCAGUUGCCAAUACCGUCUACACAAAGAGCUCAGAGGAUGUCCAAUUUAUUGGGGACAGAAUCAACGAAGGAACCAAACAUGCGACUCUCGUAUACAGAAGCCAUCUCAUUAUUGGACAGACAUAAAGAUCAAUUUGAAUUCAAACCAUUAUGGGGCUUUGACCUGCAGUCUGAACACGAGGCCUUCUUGGUUUGUCACUGUGGGAACAUCCCUGUCUUUGUAGUGGACUACCCAAAGUAUAUCAAACCUUUCUAUGCUAGGCUGAAUAGCGAUGACAAAACGGCAGCAGUUGUAGAUCUGUUGGUUCCAAGAGUAGGCGAGUUGAUCGGUGGUGGCCGUAGCUUGAGAGAGGAACGUCUUGAUGAACUCCAACAUAGAACAAAGCACCUGGGACUACAGGAUUCUAAUUACCAAUGGUAUCUGGAUUUAAGACGCUUUUGAACAGUUCCCCAUGGUGGCUUUGGACUUGUGGCUUUGGACUUGGGUUUGAGCGCCUGCUAGGGUACUUACUUGGUGUGGACCACAUACGAGAUGUCAUUCCCUUCCCACGAUUCCCUGGCUCCUGCCCUCUCUGAUGGUAGCUCUGUCAAACUUCUUAAUGGGGACAUCUUCUGAUUGUGGUGUGAUGGUGCUGAUUUUACCCGACUGCUGAGAACGGAUGAUGAAUGUCUGCUAGCAACCAGAGGACAGAUGGCUUUGCAUCCUUGCAGAGGGACCUGGACAUGAGGUUCAGGGGAAACCAGGAAGUGGGGGGGGGGUGUUUCACAAAGAUUUAAGUGCGACAUAUGGGGUGUUGCAGGAAACUUGCAGUUGAUCGCAAGACAGUUUUAGGACCACAAAUCAAUGGAAAGUCUCCCUUUUCAUUGCAAUUUUGCAAAUAUUUCCCUGCAACCCCCCCCCCUAGGAGUCGCACUUAAAUUUAAGUAGCGCACUUUAUGUGCACUACCGUGUGCUAGCGUUUAAGCAUGACUCAAAGUCCCUCUUAUCUUUUGUGAAUCGCCCAUCAGGACCUAGGCCUCGCAUCAAACACAGGAAUCUGUGUUACGAAGAUCACUGUCCUACCAUUGCGCGCUACCAUUGGGAAUGUUUCUUGGAACAAAUAGUUAUUUUCACAGACUAAUUCUCUCUAAGCCAAUCAGAUACAAGGAAUAUGGUAGCUUAUAACAGAAGUCAGUAAAGUCCAAGUGCACACUAUGCGAUCCGAUACAACAGAAGUCAGUAAAGUCCAAGCGCACACUAUGUGAUCCGAUACAAUACAGUUUUUUUAAUGAAUUGCAUUUUGCAUUAAAUAUGAAAGUGCCAAGGAGUAAAAGUAUUUCAUUUGAAGACAGGCAUAAUGUUAGGAAUAAUAAAAUCAUAAUUUUGCUUUGCGGCAAGCCCUGUGGUCGGAGUAAUGUCCAAAGUGGCUUCAAGUCGCAGCCGUUGGUGACAUUAUGAUUUGGAAUUGAAUUUGCUUUUAUCCCUACACGGAUGCUCGAAUUAAACUGAAUUUCGAUUGUAAUAGUCAAUCCACUUUUUUUAACUCUACUCGCUAAGAUUUCAUAAGUUGGAAUGUUCAUAUCAAAUGUUAUUGGAAUUUCUUUGAAAUUUGGAUUGCAACGAAUCGUAUAGUGUGCGCUGGGGUUUUGAGUCACUAUUUGUUACAUUGCAUGCUCCCCUGAUAUACCAUAUUUUAUCAAGGGUUAUUAUCUAAUACUUACUGAUAUUAUCCGAAAAAUUGACAAUUAUGAGGUCAGUAUGGUAAGGUCCCCUAAGACUGCGCAGGCCCCUUGUCUGCGCACAUGCGUAUCUGCGCGACUCUAGCAAAAGAAGAUACACGACGACCACAGACUUUACAUGACUUUAAAAUACAUAGAAACAUAUUCAUGAAAAAAACUAACUCAAAAUGAUGGAAAAUCAAUAAUUUGGGGGCAUUUAUGUGACGGCCUCCAAAUGCAGCCUUUUUCAUAAAAAUCCCUGAAAUCGUGUGUAAAGUGAAUGGGUGCGCAGACAUGUGGCUCUCCAUUAUUCUGUUUAAUCUGAAAAUGACUUGCUGAUGUUUUUUCCAAGAAAAUCAUAUAUUUCUCUAAAAUUCUUAUGAGAUUUCAACUGUAAAUUUUCUUGAAAAUAAAGAAAAAUCAUGAUUAAUAUUAAUCUAAAUUUUUAGGUGCGCAGACAUGGCUCCUUCCCCCUUCAAUCAAAAGUGAAUGUAGUCUAACUACUUCAGACUCUGCAUCAUGCAUUCUGUGGAAAAUCAAAGGUCUUUGCCUGCAGACUACUAAAGGCUUUGAAGAAGUUAGUGCAAUAUUAUACAAAUAAUGCAUGGCUCAGUGCAUUGGGUCAGCAUGCGAUAACUCUGUCUGGAAACCAUACAUUUAUGUCAAUGGGUCAUCGACAUCAUUGCCCUCUUUGUGACCUUGGAUUAUCACAGUUUUAAGGGUAAAUGAAAAAGAGAAAAAAAUUGAUCUUUCAAAGUCGGAAAUGUAACACUCCUGGAAUAUUGCAUUGCAUAAUGCAGGCAAUAUCUAUUUAACAUUGGAGAUUUCUGCCACAUUAAUCAAAUCUACCAAGAGUCAUAUAUUUGGGUUUUUUUAAUCCAAUAUGGGACUUAAUGUGCUUUUGCUAUUCAUGAACCCAUUUUAUAUUUUUUAUGUAGACUUUUUGUAGCAGGAGCAGGUCCAAGCUAUUUUCUCUUUGCUUACAGUUAAAAUAUCAGAAUUAUCAGUUCUUUCAUUAGUAGAUGCAAACUCUGUUAGCCAUGGUUACUACAUGUAGGAGUCAAUAAGUUGUGCAUUGGUUAGAAAUGAUUUGCAAGUAUUUUUAGUCUUUGAAUUAUGAUCAUUUAGAAUUAGGCUGAGUAUUUGUGGUUUAAAAGCCUGUCUUCAGUUUUGAAAAAGGCUAAAAAAUGUAAAAUAUUCUUGAUCAUUUUACAUUUUGAUUUUAAGACUUUGUAGUAGCUGAUUAAUUUUCUUUUUUUUUCAUCCCCCAAUUCUCUGACAAUUUAAAUAUUCAAACCAAACAUAUUUAGUGCCCUCUAUCAGUGAUAUUUUGUGUUCCUUUGAUAGGGCUUUUUGAACAUUUAAUCUUACAAAUUUAGGGAUUUAUUAUUAUUUAUUAUAGUCAAAGAUUAUGUCCUAAAAUCUUCAGUCCAGUCCAUGCCUUGGAAUAGGUUAACAAAUACGUAAACCUCGUAGUUUAUUUUGACCGGGCACCCAAUCAGAAUACAUUGUCAUGUACAUGUAAAAUGGCAAUUUUUUUCACCUGUAAAACUCAUUUUUAUUUCAUAUCCUCCACAUCUGAAAUGUUUUAGGGCAUACAGUACACAUUCAUAUAGUGUAGUAAUGAAUUGCAAUUACCAUAGUGACAUUUUGGUGGAUUUACCAAGACUAAAAACAGGCUUUAAGUUAAUGUAUAAUUUUUCUCAGUAAAGUUGUGAUUUUGUGAUUAUUUUGUGUUGACUAGUCUGCAAAAGUGGAUCCAAAGGUUUUCCAGAGUUUUUGCCGUUUUGAGUUUUAUCUCUGGUUUUUUACCCUGGACCUACUUGUCGUAGAAUUUUUCAACACAAAAUUUUCACUCCCCUGCGCAGCAGGGACAAAUGUCACAUAGGUCAUUAUUUGAAAUUAGGUUAGGUUUGCAAUAUAUUCUCGGUCUGGCACUGGCGGGGUGUAACAUUUGAUUGCAUGGAGUUAAUGAUCCAUGUGCAUGUAUAUUUUUCUAAUUUUUUCAUACUCCCAUUAAUACAUGGUGCCAGUUAUAUGCUUUUCUGUUUGUUAAGUAAAAAGUCCAAGAGUAUUUAGGCCUGUUAAGGAAGUACUUAAAUAUAAAUUAUCAGAUUGUUUUGGAUAUUUGAAAAGUAUAUGCAGAGUUGCCAAUUAGUGGGAUUUGUUCUAAAUAAUUAAUAGGAUUUUUAAGGGGAAAUCGACACUAAAUAAGGUUUUCCCCUAGAAAUAUGAUUUUUGAAACUUGUAAGAAUUAUGAUUUUUAGUAUGCUUCGUUUUCACAAAAA